CAGAUCUUAUGACCCUCCCUUGAUCGCAUACAAAAAACACAACGCAGGAAGCUGUCUGAACACAAACGCAUUCUUAAAAUUGUACUAGUUACCCCAUCGAUUUGUUUUAUUGUAAUCAUUUUUAAAAAAUGCACGAAGAAUUUCAAUAUAAAAACGCUUGAAAAUGGAUGAUCGCAGUCCACUACCCGUCCACCGAUAUAGCGACAGCGCUGACUUGCCUUCCCCCAACCUGAGACCCAGGCACCGGGAGCUGAUUCCCACUCCCUGCGGUCCAAUCAAGCCCUGGUCAGAGCUGACAUGCCUGGUGAAGCUGUAUUACUGCGUGACAAUCAGUUCUCUGCUGGCUGUGCUGGCUGUCACAGCUGUGAACAUUUACAAACAGAUUCAGAACCCCAGCUACCACGAGGACUUUAUCGUCUCCCUCAUACAGCUCGUGGGAAUCUUGUUCUGCUGUUACUAUGUGUCCCGCGGGAUCCUGCAGGAGAACCGCCAGGAGCUCAUCGUCUUCGUGGCGAGCGUCUUGCUGGUGAUGAUCCGCUCAAUUGUUAACUUCGCCGUCCUCCCCGCUUCCGAAAAGGACAGCCUCAUUCUGGUGCGGUUCGUGUGCAUCGUGUGCAUCGGGCUGUUCCAUGUGAUCUGCAGCACUCUCCUCAUCUGGAGCCCCAACAUGAUGGCGUUCCGUGUGGGCGGGGCUCUGGAGAGCCUGCAGGAGCAGUACUUUCUGCUCAAUGUCUGCUUCUCCAUGGUGACCUUCGACCUGCAGGCCCAGAUCUGCCUGUGCAUCUUGGUGCUGACUUCAGGCGUCUACAACAUCUCCUUUUCCCACAGCAUCAUCCUGGGCUUUGGGAUCUUCUGGGCGUGUCUCACAUCCGCUGUCGGGGUGAUAGCGGUCUUAAAAGAACUGAAGCCUCUUGUUUGGGUGUUUAUGUUCCAGAACUUGCCAGAAUUGGCCUAUCUCAUUUUUCUACUGUAUCAGAUUAUAACACAGUGGGGAGCAGGGGGGUCCUACGCCCUGGAAGCUGCUGCAAUUACCGGCUCCAUCAUCUCAGUGGUGAUCAAAGGCGUCCUCUUCUGGUCCUUGACUCGGCUGUAUCGGAGCUUUGGGCAGGGGCUGCGGGAGAGGAUGUUUGCUUCAGAGCAGCAGCAGUAGCAAAGCAUUUUCCUGAUUUGAAGGUGACAUCACUCCGGCUAAGCUGCGUGGCAAAGUUGUGACCACCGUGGGGCGCCAGCACAGCAAGUUCUACAGCAGGACUGCUCUCAUGGACUGAUUACUCAAUUCGAGGAGGAACGGAAAUCAGAGAUCAAUGGAGGUUGAGUAAUCUCAAUGAGAUACUCAACUAAAUACUCCGACCAGGUGGUUUGUCUUAUUUUAUGUACAGACGGUGCACUGGAUUUAGAAGAAACACAGUUGCAGUUUUGUGGUUUACUGCAUUGUCAUCGUUAGCAUAACACCAAGCCUAAGACAUUUGAUUAUUAUUAUUAUUUUUUUUUUUUUUACAGCUAGCAUUUUCUUCGUUGACAAACGCCUUCUCAAGACUAAUUUCUGUGUUUCAGCCAAAACAAAAAAAUAAUCGUAAAGGUAUUUUUAUACAGAUGAAACUGUUCAAGAAUAUCGGACUGUACCCCUUUUAUUCACCCAUUACUGUCGGGGUCCACUCCAAACUAAAAAAAACCCAGGCCACCUUAAAAAAUGAUACUGAACCAAAUCUCCUAGUAUGACAUUCCCAAUAAGCAGAAGUGCCUGGGUUACCUGUAUUUCCCCCUAACAAACCCAUUCCAUUGUUCAUAGCUGCAAAGGGAACCCCCUGUCCCAACACAAAGGCAUGCUUUUAAAAAUCACUAGAUUGAGGAGUGGGUCUUAAUUCUGUUCAACACUGUGAUAACUUCAUGAUAUAUAUUUUUUUCUGAUAAGAUCCAGUCAGGUUUUCUACAAAUCUGCCAAACAAUUAACGUGUUAAAAGGUUUAAGAUUGGUCAUUUAGUGUGGGAGGUAGGAUGUGUUUUUAAUUUGGUUAAAAGCAUGGUCCCUUCCAGAUCUAAGAAGAAAAAACCUGCCCUAAAAACAUUGCAUAACCAGGGCAUAUCGUACAUUGUUUCCUGUGGGCAAUUUUUAAGCAGUAUUAAAAAAAAAAAAGAUAACUGUGCUGGUCUAGUGAGUAUUAUUAUUUAUUUAUUUUAUUUAAAUGCUGGCAUGCUGUCAUCUUCAGAAUGGAAACAAAAUGAUGACAUUCCUCCUGACGCUUGACCGUCAUGUUCCUUUCCUGCACUGUGGUCUCUUAUUGGAGGAUUGCACUAAUGAAAUGUUUCAAUACUGGGCAGGGUUACUGCUUACCCUGUGGCGAUGGGGAGAAACCCACAAAACUAAAUAUAAAUAGGGAUUUACACAGGCAAGCUUUUUGGCAUUGCGGAGAUAUUGAGAAAUGACCGCAAAAAGAUGAUGCAUUUUAGAUUAGACCUCAUUUGAAUAAUCACAAUUGAUGAGGUCAUGUAGUUCUCAUCCCGUGCUGGGAGAUACAGUGGAGACUGGUUUUACAUGCAUUAGAGAAUGUGGAAGUCGGUCUUGUAUGGUAUUAUUAACAUUGACCUUCUGUGCCAAAACCUGAUUAAUAGCUCUCUCUAGUCACUUUAUUUCAUGAGGUGAGAUGUGAUUGCUUGCUCCGGGUUCAUUCCAAGUCUUUUUAUGUUUGCUAGAAGACAAUCUAGGACUUUUCUUCAUAUACGUACUCAUCUGCACAAUGCCUGGCUGCAUUGCACAUAAUUAAAUGACAAAAGAAAGUAUAGUUUCAGUGAUGAGAAAGAGUGUGUAUUUUUGCAGAUUUUUUAUGAAUGGGAGAUUUUUUUUGUUGGUUUUGAAUAAUGACUAGAAAUAACUUGCAUUUACUUUUGUAAUUCAGUGGAUUACAAAAAAAAAUAAAAAAAUCGAGCAUGUAUUUCUCAUUUAUUUAUAGAAAUGCUUGUGUAAAUUUAUUUAAACAAUUUUGGUCACUAACCAGCAUCGGAUCUCUUGAAAUUAGUGUGCUGCUGUGUUGUUGGCCAGCAAAAUUUACUUUUUUUUUUUUUCGUAAAACACUGGUAAUUGUUGAACCAUUUUGUUUUCGAAAAUGUUGCCUAUUUCUAAUUACAUUUUACAUUUCAUACAAAAGCUAACGUUUUGUGAAAUAAAGCAGUCUUGUGUAUAAGACGUACAGGUUCUUAAAUACAGGACCCUGGCACAUUUAUUUAUUUAUUUAUUUUUUUAAGGCUUGUGGAAUGUAACAGGACCAUUCUGGAUAAAUGGUGCUGCAUGGGGCCCAAUGCAAAAUGUAAAUUAAUUUUAAUCGGGGAGGGAGGGAGGGAGGGAGGGAGGGAGAGAAGAGAUGCCCUCCCUUCUCAUCACUAAUCCAAGGUAUACCAAAAUACUGUCUUCUGGGAAAACACGAUUAUGGUAUAGAAAAGUACAUACCCUGUAAAUAUUACUUGCAUCGUGUUUGGCAUCUUGAUACUAUGUUAAAGCGCUUAUCCUUUUUCAAAAAGUAUGCUAACAUUUUUAAUAAACCUGUUUCUAAAAUCUGUUUUCUUGUUAUUUCUGAGUCAUAAACUGCAGUACACACACAGAUUCUAAACCUCAUUUACAGCCUCACCUUAGACACACUAAGCAAUCUUGUUUUGUUUGGCAGGCGUCAUGCCUCACUGUUACAGGGUGUAGUCAAUGAUGGAACAGUGGUAUUGUAAAGCUGGGGCUCUGGUAAACACAUACUUAUAAUGGGUGUCCUCCUAGCGGCUGAUGAGUUAAUACUGACAUCAGCAUUAGGCACGUACUCACCUCUGUAAUAACCUGCUCUUCAGCUGCAUGAGAACAAGUUUGUCUUUUAACAGUAUGGCGUGUGCUUCGUAUCCAGCCCUUGCUUUUCCAUACAGUUCAACGGGCCAAGAUGCAAAUUCAUUGCACGUUAUACUACAAUCUGUACUUAACAGGAGUCCUUAAUGACACUUUUGCUCAAGUGGUGUAUUAAACUAUCCUAGUUUAGGAUUCAAAUACUCUGAACUAGCCUCAGAAGUUACUUAUUUCAAAAUAGAUCCUAAAUGUGCGUAUACAAUCUUGUUGCAGUUUUAAUCCCAAUGUUAGUUUGUCUAAAAAAUGAUGAUAAAAAGGUCAAGAGUUUCUGGAUCCAAACCAUACCUGCCCCUCCUCUCCCCUCCCCCUUGCCAAUAUCACUGCAAUAUACUGCCUAAGAAAUAAAAUACAACACAGAAUUCUUUCUUGAAAAAAUGCUUAUUCUACAUUUAUUAAAAGGCUCUGAAAAAUAGUAUAUUUCAAUAUCAUCACCAAUAUUUCUCAAGAUCCGACAGGAUUAGCAAUUUGAAAAACAAUCUAUUGCACAAAGUAUUUGAAAUCGCUUGAGUAACACACCCACACAUUCUUACAUAGUAGGUAUAAAAAGCUAAACCCAAUUUUCCCAG